GAUUUAAAUAAGACGCUUAAAGAACAAUCAGUUGUACUUCGCGCUAAAGUUUAAUACAAUCGAACUAUAUUCAACAGGUAAAACUUCCAAAUUAAUAGUGUAUUGUCAAAUGUUUAAGCAACUCCAUAUGAAUAUAUUUGCAUUAAUUUUUGUGAUAACUCUCGUGACGGCAAUGGCUAAUGUGUGGGCAAGAGAUGCUUGGGAAAAACCUGGUUGCCAUAAAGUUGGACACACUAGAAAAAUUAGCAUUCCCGAUUGCGUAGAAUUUCAAAUGACCACAAAUGCAUGCCGAGGUUUCUGUGAAAGUUGGGCAAUACCAUCAUCGCCAAAUGCAAAUCCUGGACAGCCUGUUACAUCCGUUGGGCAAUGUUGUAAUAUUAUGGAAACUGAAGAUGUACCUAUUAAAGUAUUAUGUCUGGAUGGGAUUAAAACAUUGACAUUUAAGUCAGCAACAAAUUGUGCAUGUUAUCAUUGUAAAAAAGACUAACUUUGAAAUAACAACAAUGCAUGUAAUGAAAAAUAUGAAGACUUCUUUUGUUGAUUAUAUAUUAGGUACUUAUUGUGUGUACAAAUAAAUUACGCAUAAUACUGGUAUACG